UGCUCUAGACAUUAUUCAUUCACUCAUCUGGAACUUCGUGACAAGCUGGCAGAGAAGAACAUGAGACUGGUCUCAUUACUAACCAUUGUGACUGUUUAUCUCGCUGUUUGCGGAGGAAUCAGUGCAGAUGCUCAAGCAGGACCUGUGUUACAGAACUCCAUCAGGCAUCUGCCCGCCGCAUCCAGCCCGAGUGAUGCGGUCAGCGCGAGCCCGCGCAUCACCGGCACCGGAGACAGCAACGCUCCGGCGUCACCACACUGCGCCGUUGAUGCUGAGUGCAAGUUCGGUGAGUUUUGUAACGGCUCUCGGGGAGUUUGUCUAACCUGCCGCAGGCGAAGGAAACGCUGCGUUCGCGACGGGAUGUGCUGCGCUGGAAACCAAUGCAUUAACGGCGUGUGCCAACCUGCUGAUGAUGUUGGCAGGGUAAAUGCCACGCAACAGGUUGGCAAAACGGAUGCUCCUACUUUAGCAGUCACACGUGAAAAGAACUUCACUGCGGUGCAGCAUCCUAAAAGAAACACCAUCCUUACAAACCCACAGCAUCCAGUGAAAGGUGGCGAGGGCGAGACGUGUUUAAGGUCCUCAGACUGUCUGGAUGGGCUGUGCUGUGCCAGGCACUUCUGGUCACGAAUCUGUAAACCAGUGCUGACUGAGGGGCAGAUGUGCACACGGCACAGACGGAAAGGGACUCACGGUCUGGAGAUCUUCCAGCGCUGUGACUGCAGGGCUGGUCUGACCUGCCGAGGCCAGGGAGAGAGAGCUGGAACAGAAAGCCGAAACCUCCAUACCUGCCAACCGCGCUGACUCUUCAGAACUGCUCUCACAACACAAGCAUGCAUGCGGCACACAUGCUGCAGCGACAAAGGAAAACUGACUCCACGGAAGGAUGCAUCAUUAAAAGGACUGAUCGUAUUUCCUGGACGGAUGCAGAGAAACUGCACCAUAUGGAUGUUUCUAUUGUACACUCUGCUAUUUAAGACUUUUUUCCUGGGUCAUCACAAAAUGCAGAAUGCUUUUGUUUCCCUUUAUAAGGAACUUCUUAUUCUUCUUGCAGUAAAUUACUGUAUUGUAAAUAAGUAGUCAGAUAUUGCACUUAACACUGAGAAUAUGAAUUCUAUAAAAGUAGCAUAUUAUGAUUCACACACUUACAUAUUGUAAAUAUGCAAGUCAUAUGAUUUAUAUUGUGUUAUCUGUACUCUAAUUUUAUUUUCGAGUAAAUUGUAAAGAUAUUGGUGUUAUUAAAAUAUAUUAAUGAAAUAAUAAUAAUAAUAAUAACAAGUAAUGGAUGCUCUACAGUAUGUUCUCUUGAUGGAUUCUUCUGAUCCAAACUGCCAUAGCUGCAACUCUAAAAAACACUUCACUGUCUUUAGUCUAAUGACCGUUCACAAUAUUCAGCUGGUUUACAGUAGCUUCCAACAGCAUCUGGAGAGAAAUUAAACUAAACUUGGGGAAAUUAAUCACUGACUUUGCACAAAUCUGCUAUAUAUUGAGUUGUGGC